UCUAAAGUCCGGAUCCAACUGAUGAGCGGGUCGUCAAGUUGAAACGGAUCGGAGCCUAAAUUCCCAAAACUAAAACCCUACUAAAAUCAAACAAAUCGAGCUCAAAGCCUUGCACGCUCUCCCUCUCUUUCUCCACUUUCUCAACAAUGCUUUCGCGUCUCCUUCCCAAAUCCUCUCAUUUCCGUUUACUAUCCAAUCUUUCCUCCAAAUCACAUUCUUAUCAGCACUCUCCUCGUAUCUCCAAUUCCACUUUUCUCCUCAGACAUUUCUCCUCCAAUCAAAACAACAACAACAACAACGAAGACCAAUCAUCCUCUAGCAUAUGGAAACUUUCUAGCGAUGAAAAAUUUGAUUCCUUUUUUGCCGCAGAUUCAAAGGAAGGCAGCCUUGCUGGAAUUACUGAUUCGCCAGUGCAUAAUCAACUUCAAGAGUCAUGGUUAGAGGAGGAAGAAGGCGGCAGCAAUGAUAGCAAAGAUAUAUUCCAAGGAAUUGAGAAAGAGUCUGCAGGCGGUGAAGAUAACAAUGAGUGGCUGCAAUCCGAAGAAUAUAAGAUGUGGAACUUGGACGACGCGGAGGAUCAGAAAGAUCAUGUGUUUGAUAUUGAAGAGAUUAAUGCUGACACUAGUAGUGAAUUUACUACUGAGAGUAGUGCCAAUGUGGAGAAAGAAAAGACUGAGGAGCAGAAAAUGCUCGAGGCAGAGGAGAAGGAACUUACAGCUGUACUUAAAGGAAGCAAUCGUGCAUUCGGUGACCUAAUUGCAGCAUCUGGAAUCACAGAUGCCAUGCUGGACAGUUUGAUUGCUCUAAGGGAUUUUGAAGGGGUUGAGGGGUUGCCUCCUCUAAGUGAAAUUGAAGACAUGCGUUAUGAAAAGAACACUAGAAAAUCCACAAGAGCAGACAUAGAGCGUCAGAAACAGGAAGAAGUUGCUAAAUCCAGAGUGCGACAAGUAGACGAGAAAGGGAGAGCUUAUGGGACUGGAAGAAGGAAAUGUAGUGUAGCUCGUGUUUGGAUUGAACCUGGUGACGGGAAAUUUAUAGUUAAUGAUAAGCAAUUUGAUGUCUAUUUCCCGAUGCUUGAUCAUCGGGCUGCCCUGUUGCGACCCUUUUCUGAGACAAAAACCUUGGGUCUUUGGGAUGUCAAAUGCACUGUGAAAGGAGGUGGUACUACAGGUCAAGUUGGAGCUAUUCAGCUAGGGAUCAGCAGGGCCAUGCAAAACUGGGAACCAGAUUUACGUCCUCCCCUCAGAAAUGCUGGGUUCUUGACGAGGGAUCCUCGUGUGGUUGAAAGGAAGAAACCAGGAAAAGCAAAAGCAAGAAAGAGCUUCCAAUGGGUCAAGCGUUGAUCAAUGGUUACAGAAGAUGUCUUUCACUGCUACUAUUGUAUGGAAAUCAGAUUUUACAUCCUUACCCAGUAGCCUGGAGAUUAGUUAUUUGGCCUGAAUAUGUUCCUGUAUUUUAGCUUGUAGUCCACAUUUCCAAAACGUUCGUCUCAGAAGAGCUUAAGAAGAUUUUGAGGUGGAGAGUUGAACUUCAGAGCCUACCUUACCCAUCUGCUCCUUUAUAAUUGUUAGCCUGUGUAGGGCGCAAUAAAUGAGAAGUUUUGAGAAUUUUUUUUGUUGAUGCGGGAACUGAUUAUAACAUGUUGGAUCUCUUGUUCUCCAUUUCAAUACAAAUCUUAAGAGUACAUGUUACACUUCUAUAA